AGCGGACAACUCGCACCACGAUCACUGCACGGCUGACGCGUCCCGUCAAAUCGUCUCUGGCCACGGUGACUGCACGUCGUAUUUCGUAGUUUUGAGUCGUGAAUUCGGACAACUUUCAAUAGUAGCCACGUGGUUUUUCUAGCACUCACCUGCGUUUCCGUUCAUUCCAAUAUCGCAAACAACAAUAUUCCUCGCGAACCGUGUUUCGAGUACAAAAGGUAAAGGACAACAUUGUUAUUAUUAUUAUUACUAUUAAUAUUAUUAUAUUUUUAUUAUUAUUGUAUUUUUAUUAUUAUUAUAUUUUUAUUAUUAUAUUUUUAUUGUUAUUUUAUGCUAUAAUCUUAUAGCGAGACAUGUGUAUUGGUUUUACUAUUAAUUUCCGUAUUGCCCGCACAAUAUUUUAGAACGAUGAAUAAUAAAACGACGGAUUUCGAGGGGCGAGGGUAGGGCGCGUGCUCUCGUUGGUUGUAUUAGUUUUGGUGUGUCUACUCGCGUAUAUUCUAUAGACGUGUUCAAAUUAUCGAAAUUACAAGUUAUCUGUUAAUUAAACGCGUGUUGUGUAUUUAUGUACUAUUCGAGUUUUUCUCUUCGGUUUUUUGGAUUUAUGUGAACAAAAUGACUCGUUCGAUAUUUUGACUUUGAAUAUCGCCUCUUGGCAGUGGCGAAUUUACGCGGAGGAGUCCGGGGGGUCAGGAACCGCCCUGAACUCGGGAGUUCAGACUGAACUAAGACAUAAAAACUUGGCAGAUUAAUACGAAUUGUAAUACUUUUUUCAUAUGUACACUUGUUAUAUUAUAUUUAUACUGGCCUUUGUCAUUAUUAUUGUCGCCGUGAACUCGCGAUGUUCACGCCACACUUUUUAGGCACAGAAACACCGAGAUCUAUAGGUACAAAACUACAUUUCAAUUCGUAAAAAUAGACAAAUUUAGCGAUUACAUUUUUGUCGAUGAUAUUUGGUGUUUAUCAUAGGUUUUAACAUUACUGUACCAUAUCCAGUGACCGUUUUACGAGGGGGUACACCGGGGUCUGUACACCUCCAGACUCCAAAAAGGAGAUUUUGAGUUAUAGUAUUUAAAUUAACUUUUUGUUGAAAUUGGUCCAUUCAUGCGGUUAAUUAUUGAAAAAUAAAAAAAAUAAAAUAAAAUAAUAAUAUGUAAGUUGAUUAAAAUUAAUAAGUAUUGGGUACAUUUUUUUUUAUGUGAUUAAUACAUUAAUUAUAUUAAAGACCUCUUCCCCCCCAGAAAAAGUGCCACUACCUAUUGGUAAACUCAGAUACCUAAUUUGAAAAAGGUUUCGUAUAAAGAAUUGUAAUAAUAUAUCUACAAAAUUUCGAAUUUUUUAUAUAAUAUAUAUUUAAGCGUGUGUGUGUUUAAGCUAAUUUCGACAAAAAUCGUUCAAAUAACAAACAUUAACCAGAUGUAUGAAUACCUAAUAUUUUUGAUAAAUGUUUGGAAAAUACAUUUUUUUAGCCCAGAAAAAACGUUAGAAAAUGGGUAAAACAAAAAAAAUUAAAAUUUUCUUUUCCCUUCGCCCCCUCACAAAUCCAUUUUUCAACACUGAUUUUGAAACUGUUAGAAUUUUUUUUAGGAAACCAGAAAUCUCACAAUCAACUUGACUGAGAAUGCAGAAUUAGAUUUUAAAAACAAUUUUUUUUAAAGAUAGUAUUUUUCUACCACGAAGAUUAUGGCACAAUUAAGGUUUUUUUUAAUUUAUAAAUAUUUUAGAAGUUAUAGGGAACUAAAUUUUAUUUUGUUGAUUUUAUGAUUUUAUGAUUUUACAAGUCCCACGUUAUAGUUCUGAGUUCUUAAUUUGUUUUUCCCCCCUGUUAUCUACCUAACGUGGUUUUGCCCAACAAAUCCAAAGUUAUUUUCGUUUAAAAUGUUUCGUUGGCAUUAUUAAAAGGCAACGGGUUUUUACGGCAUAGUUCUUAGAAUAAAUAUACUUAAUAUGAAGAUGAUAUGGGCUUUGAUUAGUAAUUGUUCUAACACGAUUAGAUUAGAUUAUAUUAGAUUAUAUUAGAUUAGAUUGGAUUGGAUUGGAUUGGAUUGGAUUAGAUUAGAUUAGAUUAGAUUAGAUUAAACUAAAUUAAAUUAAAUUAAAUUAAAUUACAUUUAAUUACAUUUAAUUACAUUUUACAAUAAUAUUUAAUUUAUUCUACAUUGGUGUGCCCGACAGAGCAACUAAAGCUGUAGUACAAAAUAAUUUUAAAAUUCUUGUUUAAAUUUAAUAAUGUCUCGUUUAAAUCUUCCAAAAAUUUAACAAAAAAAAAAUGUCCAAUUGUGAAGUCUCGGGAAAAUUAACUAGGUUAUUAUUAUUAUCCCUCCAAUUUCGCUGGAAUCCUAUCGUUGACUUUGUUUUACCUGUGCCGUGUGAAAUGUUCGAUUAGAAAUCAAAAAAACGCCGUGUAACUAUCGAGUAUCGUUUCCGCAAUUUAGCAUCAUUGGCCGGACGUAUAAGUUCAGCGUGUAUAAACCUCGCGGAAGGUCUUUUUUGAACAAUAAAGUGGACUCGUCCGUCCUCGACACUUCGCUUCAUUUUUAAGGUUCCCCAGCGCAGUACUAGAUCAAGCCAUUCCAUUUUUAAUUCCACAAAAAUGUACCACCAACUGCAUGCGCAAUAUUCCUAUUAGGCGGUCAAUGUCUCGCGUCAAUGCGUAUUCCUGCUUCCUUAGGAUUGUUGCUCUUUCCUAUUUGCGUCGCCGACAUACCUACCUGGCAGUCAUGAAUUAUGAGCGAGUUAGAAAAUAGUAAUCAAAAUAUUGAUUGGGUAAAUGUCUGUCGAGAAGACAUGUAAUCGAUGGAAUAGUCGGAUGUAGACAAGUCAAAAUCGGUGUUAUCACACCACUGGUUGGUGUGGUGUCGUUGUAGUGGAUAUUGACGAAAGUAAAUACGGAAAGAUGAAAUAUCAAGGGGGUUUGCGCUCAAUUGAUGGACAGAGCAGGUAUUUAGAGGUGUUUAAGCGUUGAAUGAACAAACGUUUUCUUGUCUCUUUGGGUAAAAGAAACACAAUUACUCUACUCUAAAUUAUUCUAAAUUUAUAAAGGAUUGGAUUUUACCAGGGAAAACAAUAAUUUCUGACAUUGGAAGGUAAUUAUUUAAAACAAUAAGAAUUUUAUAGGAAAAUAAUAUUUUUGAAUAUUUUUGACAUACCUAAGACUGUUUAAAUGAAGAGGAGGGAUUUGUUCAAUUUAAAGUUAACCAUAGUGUUAAUUUUAAAGAUAUUGAUAUUCAUCAACAUACUAUUACCAUACAAGACCUUUGGAGACUUGCAAAAUAUUCACUUUCCCAAUACUACAGGAAGAAAGAUUUUAUUGUGGGAUAUUUUGCAAAACAUGUUUUUAAAAAAAAUUAAAAAUCAAAAUGCUGAUAUUUUUUUAAAUUGGCUUCAAAUAAUGAAACUGACAUUAUCUAUUAAUGUAUUGCUUGUAUUUAUUUUAUUAAUACAUAGGUAAAUGUAUUAUAAAACAAUAAAACACGUUUUUUAAAAUUUGAAGUUUUUUUUUUAUAAAUAAAUUCUUUAAUAGUAAUGGUUCUUCAAAAAUAUUCAAAAAUUCCUAAAUCAGCAUUGAAAAACACGUCUAAAAAAAAAUAAUAGAAAUUUGUGAAGUUUAUUGAUUGUUUCUUAAUCUCUCCUUAAAAGGAUAGUUCACAGGGUUUUUCGAAUUUUUGGUACAAAAAUUUCAUUUAAUUUGUUGAUUUAUAGGUUACCAUGGUGACAUAGAUGAUAAUUUGGUUUUUACGAACAAGACAAUUAUUAGUAUUACUUUUUAUUACUAUUAUUUACUCUAUUGUUCACUAUAAUUUUAUAUUAAGGGCAAAAAUGUGUCACUUUAAUAGGAAUAUAAGCGAAAACUGAGACUCUCAUAGAAACUGUGCCACGUGAGACCUGUUUCUCAACAACAUGCAAGGUAAAAAUGUUAAUGUUCUUGAGUAAAUUGAAAAGUUUUUUUGAUGAAUGGUUCCACACACAUUAAAUUGAAGUGUAGUGACAUGUAAGCUGUAUACAAGCAAAGUCUGGGGUAGUAUAUAGAUACAUCUAGGUAUAUUUUUAAAUUAAAACAUUUGACCCGACAAAAAAGUGGACAGACAGGACAGCUAUUAUCUAAUGAAGUACUUAUAACCAUAUUAUAAUAUAUUUUGUUAAGCGCUAAAAUAUUAAAAUUAAUAAUAAAAUCUGUUAGCAGAGGUUACAGUUACAGUGAACCAAUUGUUAUUAUUUUAAAAUUUUACAAAUUAAUAACAAUUAAAUUAAAUAUAAUGUAACCAAAUUUAUUUAAAAGAUAUUGGCACCUAAUAUCUAAAUAAUGUUUUUUUCAGAUUGUAUAGUUAAAAUUAAAUAACAAAUUAGAAUUUUAAUAAUUUCAGUGAUUGUUGAGGAAUCGUUAAGUCACUGAAUAGCUUUAAAUGUCAGAUAUAUAUUUUAGUGAUCAAUCAAUACGAAAAAUCAACAAUAUUAAAAUGGAAAAUGACAAAAGGUACUCAUAUAACUUGUUUAUAAUCUAUACAUUCUCAUACAUUUUAUUUAAAAAUAAUAUUAAACAAAGUCCCUACCUACUUGUUGGUAUUAUUAAUAUUUGUUUAAAUUUUGCAAAUGUUUAGAGCUUAGACUAAAAUAAGCAAAAACAUUCAUUAUUUAUUAAGCCCUAAUAAUAUUUCUUUUUCUUAUACCAACAGUUACAAGGGGGUUAUAGUUAUUAUUUAAUAUUUUCCAUAAAUUAUAACUCAAAUCUAGGCCCAAAUUUUUUUAAGAUACAUUGUGAGGUAGAUAAUAUCUAAUGGAUGUUUUCUGUGCAAUGUGUAUUUAAAAUAAAUUGAUAUGUGUGAAUUUAAAUUUAUUCCAGUGAUUGUGCAAUUGUCGAAGAAUUAUCAGAGUCGAUGAAUAGCUUUCAAUACCCAAUACAUUUUAUUGAUCAAUCAAUACAAAAAAUCAACAAUAUUAAAAUAGAAAAUGGCGAAAGGUACUCAUAACUUGUUAUACUAUUUUUAUUUUUAAUAACAUACAGUUACAAGGGGUAAUAUUCUUUUAAAAUAUAAUUCAAUUUUAGGAUACAAUUUGGUUAAAAUAUAUAGGUUGUAUAUCUUGUAUCUAAAUAAUGUUUUUUCAGAAUGUAUAGUUUUAAUAUUUGAUAACAAAUUUUAAUUUUAAUAAUAUUUCAGUAAUGGUGUAAUUUUUGAAGAAUCAUUAGAGUCAUUGAAUAACUUUCAAUGUCCAUUAUAUUUGAGUGAUGAAUCAAAUCCAAAAAUCAACAAUAUUAAAAUGGAAAUUGAUGAAAGGUACCUACCACCUACCUACUUAAUAUUAAUAAUAAUCGUUUAAAUUUUGCAAAUGUUAGAGCUUCGGCAGAAAUUCAUUAUCGAUCCCCAAUAAUAAUUCAUAAAAUAAUUACAAGGGGUUAAAGUUAUUAUUUAAUAUAAAUUAUAAAUCAAAUUUAUUUAAAAUAUAUCUUAAGUCAGAUAUUUAAAAGAUGUUGUUUCCUGAUCAACAUAUAUUUUUUAAAUAAAAUAAUAUAUGUGAAUUUAUAUGAUUUCAGUGAUUGUGUAAAUGUUGAAGAAUUAUUGGAGUCAGCGGAAAGCUUCCAAUACCCAUUAUAUUUUAGUGAUCAUUUAGCACAAAAAAUCAACAAUAUUAAAAUAGAAAAUGGCGAAAGGUACUCAUAUAACUCAUUUAUAAUUCACUUGUAGAUUUUUUUUUAAAUUUUUUAUACAUACAAUCUAUAUUAAAAAGAAAAACUUAGUAGAUUACAUAAUUAAGAAUUUUUUUAUGGGUUUUAAAUGAUAAGAGAUAAUUUCUACUGAUAUUAUUUUACCAUUAUUUACAAGAAGUUUGACAUUGUCUAGGUGGUAACCAGUUUUUAAGUUAAUGGAUUAUUUUCAUUUUUAAUUAUAUUUAAGAAGUAUAUUUAAUUAUAGAGUUGUUAUCAAUUCUUGAAUUUCAGAGGUCUUUCGGACUAUGAUGUAAUAUUAUUUGUUGUUUUGCUGUUGAUAAGAACUUUUUUGGUUUUUAAAUGAUAAAAUACUAUAUAGUAUAACUUCUAAUAAAACAGAUCAAGUGAAGAGCGGUGUGUAUAUACAAUGUAGCACGAUUGGUUGAUAUCGCAAAACUGACUUCCUUCCACCAUUAACAUACAUUUUAUUUAAAAAUAAUUUAUAACAAGAGUACCUACUUAAUAUUUUUAAUAGUCGUUUUUAAGUUUUGAAAAUGUUAGAAGUUAACUAAACCAUUCAUCAUUGAGCCAAUUAUCCCAAUAAUAUAAUUAAUAUAAUUAUAAUAACAGUUACAAGGGGGUAAAGUUGUUAUUUUGUAUACAUUAUUUUAAUUCAAAUUUAGGCCCAAAUUUAGGCCCAAAUUUAUUUAUAAAUUUAAUGUAAGGUAGGUAUCUAAAAUUGAUGUUUUUUGUAAAAUAUAUAUUUGAAAUAAAAUAAUAUAUGUGAAUUUAAAUGAUUACAGUGAUGGUGUUGAAGAAAUAUCGAAGUCAGCAAAUAGCUUCCACUACCCAAUAUAUUUGAGUGAUCAAUCAAUACGAAAAAUCAACAAUAUUAAAAUGGAAAAUGGCAAAAGGUACUCAUAUUAAUUGCAUAUUACCUAUUUGUACCAUUAUAUUAAUUUUGUUAAAAUCAAACUUUUUAUAGAAUACCUAAUGAGGGUUUUUCAGAAAGUAAGGAGUAAGGAGUUUCCAAUUUUUUAUAAAAAGUUUUAUUUAAAUAAUAAUAUCCGGGUUUCUGUAUAAUUCAUGUCGCCUAUUCAACAUAGUCACUGUGUCUCAUUCAAUUUUUUAUACCUUAUAGUCAUUUUUAGGAAAUGAAAAUAGAUAAAGUUUUCAAAAAUUAAUGUGCUACUUCCACCUUUUAUAUACAUAAAGUUCAAAAAGUAUCCAAUAUUAAUAUUUUUUUAAAUAACAAGUCAAUAUUUUUUUUUUCAUUUUAUAAAUGUUUGGAGCUCACGCAGAAAUAGUAAAGAUUUAUUUUUAUCUUUUUAUCUAUUUUGGGGACCAAUUUAUUUUUAAUGUAUUAUAAAGUUGGUAUCUAAUGCUUCAAUAAUGUUGUCUGUAUAAUAUACAGUUAACAUAUAAUAAAUGUGAACUUAAUCAAUUUCAGUAAUGGUUUAAUUGUUAAAGAAUGCUCAGAGUCAGCUAAUAGCUUUCAAUAUCAAAAUGUUGUAGAUGAUCAAUCAAUACAAAAAAUCAACAAUAUUAAAAUAGAAAAUGGUGAAAGGUAUGGUACUCUUAUUACUUGCAUAUUACCUAUUUGCAUUAUUAUAUUAACUUCUGUCUAAACAAAAAUUUAAAAAAAAUAAAUACUAUAUAAGUUUUUUUCAGAAAGUAAGAGGUUUGAGUUCCCAAUUUUUUUAAAAAGCUAUUGAAAAAAUAAUUUCUAGGUUUCUGUGUAAUUCAUGUUAAACAUAGUCACUGCCUCAUCAAAUUUUUUAUACCUUUAAAUAAUUUUUUUAAACCUUUUAAAAGUUUCCGGCUGAUUCUUCACUCUUUUUCAAAAGGUAUAAUUCCUCUUUUCUGAUAAUUCAUUGGUCUCUGGGGUGUAUUAUUUCCUAUCAAAAUUAAGUUUAGAAUAUCAUUAUAUCUUUCCUGUUUCAAAACCCUCAAUGAUCUCUGUUUAAAGUUGGAAAUUAUAUUUACUUUAAAAUUCUUUAUUGUGUCCAUCAUUGUCUUGUGUGAAACUACGGUCUCAAUAGUUUCUUCAAUAUUUAAUUAGUCCCAUUGCCUCCCAAAGUUCAAUUUGUAAAUAUUACAGCCUUUCAAAACACAUAAAACCAAACUCACCACAGAAUCGUUUUUCGUUAGCAAUGAUUAAUCAUUGCAUACAUUGAAUUUCCCCUUUACCUCCCCAAUUUGUCACACACAAAAGUGGCCCACCCAUUGUACAAAAUAUGAUGUCUGGUUUGAUUUUAUAGCCUUUUUUUAAAUUUUUGUCCUGUGUCCUGUCAAGCAAACUGACAAGAUAGCCAUGAUUUUGUUUGUAGUUUCUAAAAUUAAAGCAAUACUGGAACUAAACUUAGAUCACAUAGUUGUGCCCCAACCAUUAAAUACAAAAUACAAAAAUAACCCUUGUUAGUGAGGGCAAAAGUACUUUCUAAACAAUUUUCGUAUUAAUAGUUUUUUGAAAUUAAAUUAUAAUUUUUUUAAAUUUGAAGCCUAUACAAAAAUAUUGAGGCUCAAUAAUAUUUUAUUUAAUAACAACAAACAUCAGUUAUUAAGUGCUGUUUUUUUUCUUCUUAAUAGGUAAAUUUAAAUUUUAAGUUUUAAUUUAAAAUUAGGCAUAGUAUUUAAUGUAUGUGCAAUGUUUAGUUAAAAUAUAAUAUAUGUGAAUUUAAAUAGUUCCAGGUAUGGUGUAAUUGUUGAAGAACUGUCAGAAUCUGCGAAUAGUUUACAAUAUCCAAAUGUUAUAGAUAAUAAAUCUCUACAAAAAAUCUACAAAAUUAAAAUGGAAAUAGAUGAAUGGUACUCAUAUUAAUUAGUUACUUGCAUUUUUAUAUAAAUUUAGUUUUUAAAGUAUCUAAUAUUCAUAUUUUUUAAAUAAAUGUGUUUCUUUUUAUACAUUUUACUAAAAUGUUUGGAGCUCACACAAAAAUAACAAAAUGUUUUUUUAUCUUGAGUUAAAUUUGAGGAACCAAUUUAUUUUUAGUGUAUUAUAUAGUUUGUAGUCAACGCCUAAUUAAUGUUGUCUACAUAAUAUAUAGUUAAAAUAUAAUAAUAUAUGUGAAUUUAACCAAUUUCAGUAAUGGUUUAAUAGUGGAAGAAUGGUCAGAGUCAGCAAAUAGCUUUCAAUAUCCAAAUGUUUUUGACAAUCAAUCGAUACAAAAAAUCAACAAUAUUAAAUUGGAAAUAGACGAAAGGUUCGCAUAUUACUUACUUGCACCUAUAUGUAUAUACAUAUUUUAUAGUUCAGCCUCAUAAUUAACAAAAAAUUAUUUCGAUAUUAAUAUUGUAUAUAUUAGAUAGUAUGCUAUAUUCAAGAACCACAAGUAAAUAGGGAAAUAGAUGAAUGGUACCUGUAUUACUUAUAUAUUAGCUAUUGUGCCUUAUAUAAAAUUAGUUAACAAAGUAUCUAAUAGUAAUAUUUUUAAAAAAUGUAAUGUUUUUUUUUUACAUUUUUUCAAACUUUUGGAGCUCAUGCAAAAAUAACAAAAUAUUUUUUUUUGUUUAUAGUUUAAGUCAAUUUUAGGUACUAUUUUAUUUACAAUGUAUUGCAUAGUUAGUAUCUUAUACCUAAUAAAUUGUUUUCAUAAUACAUAGUUUAAAUAUAAUAAUAUAUAUGAACUUCAACAAUUUCAGUAAUGGUUUAAUUGUUGGAGAUGGGCCAGCAAAAAAUAGCUUCCAAGAUCCAAACGUUUUAAAUGAUCAAUCAAUACUAAGCAUCAACAAAAUUAAAAUGGAAAUAGAUAAAAGGUAUUCAUAUUCCUCAUAAAUUAUUAGCUAAUUGCAUUACAUGUAAAUUUAGUUCAGAGAAAAUUUUCAAAAAGUACUUAAUAUUUCUAAAAUGAAAGUUCAUGAUUUUUUUUACAUUUUGUAAAUGUUGGAGUUCUUAAAAAAUAAUAAAAAAUAUUCAUAAAGCCUCAAUAAUAGAUCAUGUAUAAUAACAGUCAGAUAAUAAGGGGGUGCGAUUUUAUUUUAUAUUGUAGUAAAAUUAUAGGCACUGAUUUAUUUAAAAUAUAUAGGUAGGUAUCUUAUGAUUAAUUUGUUCUACACAAUAUACAGUUCAAAUUUAAUAAUAUAUGUGUAAUUAAAUAAUUCUAGGAAUGGCAUAAUUGUUGAAGAAUUGGUGGAGCCAGCAAAUAGCAUCCAAGAUCCAAAUGUUUUAAAUGAUCACUCUAUACAAAAAAUUCACAAAAUUAAAAUGGAAAUAGAUGAAAGGUAUUCAUAUUACUCAUAAAUUAUUAAUUACUUGCACCUUUAUAUUAAUUUAGUUAGGAGAAGAUUUUCAAAAAGUAUCUGCCCCAUGUUAUUAUUUUUUAAUUAUAAAUUGUUUUUUUAUAAAUGUGUUAAGAGCUUUUAGAAAAAUAACGAAAUUUUUGUUACUGAUCCCCAUUGAUAGUUAAUAUAAAUAUAACAAUGUGUGGAUAUCAAAUAUACUUAACAGAAUAUCCAAGGAACUGCAUUUUAUUGAGUGAGCUCAUUGAUAAUAAUACAAAAUUUUCUUGAGAAUAUUUUGUAACUAGUGUAUACAUAAAUAUUGGCAACUACGAUAUAUAUACAGUAGAUGAUAAAAAGUUCACUGAAUUUUCCACUCGGUUAUAGAUUUAUUAUUGGAGGAGCUUAAAAUACCAAAUAUAGUUUCUGAGGAUCCAGAUUAAUUACCAUUGAAGGGUACAAAUUGUUUAAAUCAGCAAAUAAAACUAAAAUACAAUUCAUUUAAACUGAAAUCAUAAUCUUACUGACUAAUAAAUUGUCUCAUACAAUUAUGGUGAAGCUGAAGACCUAAUAGAAUUAACAUUCCUAUACUACUUUCAUUAAAGUCAAAUGUUAGAAUUAUGGCAUUAUUUUAAAAAAAUAUGAAAUUUUAAUAUAAACCGUAAAAUAUGGACUCCAAAUAGGUUCUAAAAAUUUCUUUUAGACAAUUAAAUUAAAAAAUAUUAGUUUUUUAAAAAACAUUUAAAAUAAGAAAAACAUUGACCCAACAUACCUUCUUAAUUAAACAUUGUGUACGAUACCAUGAUUGAUUAAAUAAAACAAUUUUGUUUUUAUUGGAAUUUUUAUUUAAAUUUUUUGUUGAUUAAAUUAUGUAGACUUAAGUUCAUUCAAUCAAUUAAUUUUUAACUGUAUUUUGACAUUUUUUCUUCCGAAGCUAAAAAUUAACAUUUUAAAAAUGUUAUAUUUAUUUUCGAUUUUACUAAUGAUGUUUUGAUAAAUGUUAAUGUUAAAGAUAAAAGUUCGAAAAAGCCUAUAAAAAGGAUAAAAUAGUGACAAAAGUGAUAAGUUCAACGCCACUCUUCGAUUUUUCCAUUUUUUCAUGGGUUUCAAUUAUCAGUUAUUAUUGUAACCAGGGACCAUAGAAUUGUAUUAUAUUAUAAGUCUAUGCCAGACUGCCUUGUUCUUUAUCCCAGUCAGAUGAUGGUGUGAUUGCCUAUUCUUUCGCCGUCUUUUUAAAAUAGGGGUUACAAUUUGUAAAAGGUUGAAAUUACUUACCUAGAGAAUAGAUCUAAUCUUUCCCUAUUAAAACAAUGUAUUUUAAUAUUUUAAGGGUAACUUUUGAACGAUUCAAAUGCAAAUGCAGUGUCAUAAUAACUUCUACUGUACAACAAAUUAUGGACAAAGAGCUAAUUUUAACCAUGUGGUGUUAUAUAGUUUGCUUAUCUCUAAACUUUGAUAAAUGUAAGACCAUGUCCUUUAGUAGAUCUUGAUCAUUAACAAAUUUUUACUUAUUUAUAUUAUAUUAAUGAUAAGGUCUUAAAUCAAUUAAUCCCAAAGUUAAUGUUUUAGUCUUUGUCAUUGUUCUAUUUUUAUUGUUUAUUCCUCAUAUUGACUUCGCGGUUUGCAAGGCUCUGCUCUUUUAUAGGAACACACACACACACUUGUCCACAUGUCUUCUCGCUUUUUAUAACUGGCGAUUAACACCAUUAAUAGAAAAAGGACCCAGUACCUGGUUAUUACUUUGGAUUACAAAAUUAACGUUGAACUAUCUAUUUAAUUCUAUCUAUUUAAUACCUAAUUAAUGUUUGCUGCUCUACUAUAGACAUAUAUAGUUUGAAGAUAAUAAUAUAUGUGAAUUUAAAUGAUUUUUAGUAAUGGUGUAACUGACAAAUUAGAAGAGUCUGCGCAUAGCUUUCAAGAUCCUAAAGUUUUAAGUGAUCAAUCGGUAAAAAUACUUAACACAAUUAAAAUGGAAAUAGAUAAAAGGUACUCAUAUUACUCAUAAAUUAUUAGCUACUUGUACCUUUAUUAUAUUAAUUUAGUUUAAAGGAGACUUUCAAAAAGUACCAGAUGAAUAAUUUUGUUAAAAUUAAGUUAUAUUUUUUUUUUACACAUUUUAUAAAUGAUUCUAGUACAUGCAAAAAUAAGAGGAAACAUUCAUUGUUGAGUCCCAAUAAAAGUUCAUGUAAUAAUAAUGAAAACCAAUUAAAAAGGUUAGUCUAUUUUGUUGUAUUAUAGUUAACAGUGAUAUUUUAAUUUAUAUGUAUACAUGUACAUAUUCCUAAUAGAUUUGCCAGAGAUUCUAAUAAACAGUUUGAUGAAAAAAACAAAUUAUGGAACAUUGAUGUUGAAAAAAUCAUUUUACCUAUUCAGGAUAAAUCAUAUACAAGGUAUAAUUAAUAGUAUUUUUGUUUUUAACGUUUUUACAAUCCUUAACAAAUUGUUUUUUUUUUUUUUGCAAUUUCUUUAGUUCAUCUAAGACAAAAACACUACCAGCGCUUUCACAAGUUUUAAUAGAAGACAAAUUUAACGAUAGUGAAUAUGAUAUAUGCGAAAGGUAAUAUUGUAAAGUUUUAAAACAAAAAUUUUUUUAUUGUGUUUUUACAGAAUUUAUGAGUACUUUUAUUAUCAAGGAUCAGGAAUUAUUUUUGGGGCUAUCUAGGUUUUUUUUUAUUGUAUGGUCCAUAGUUGAUUGUAGUUAAAUUAUGGAAAAUUAUAAUACAAUUAAAUUAUUUUAAAAUCCAUGUUUUAUUUAAGUUUGCUUUUUUGAUCUAAAUAUUUUUAUAACCUUGUUUCUAUGUUUAUAAUAAUCAUACGUUCAAUAGUGCUUUAAUAAAACUAGUUUAUUAAAUAGUACAGGAUAACAAUAUAUUAUUAAAUAAAUGUAUUUUAUGGUUAAAUGUCAUUAUAUUUCGACAAUUUUAAAUUUGUAAUGUAAUAUCGAAAAAAAAGGUAAUAUUUUUAUCUUGAAAUUUUUUAAUAAGCUGUUAUACUCUACUAUUAAAACUAAAAGCCCAAAAUCAAGUUUCAUUUAUUAAAAGUAUAAGUAUAUGAGGUUUGAAAGUAAUGAGACUGAUUUUUUGUCGUGUAUGUGGUAGCUCUGUGAACCUGUAACUUUGUGUCUUUAAUUUCCUAAUCUAAAUCUAUUAAUAGGUAUAUUUGACAUACUCAUGCAGUCAUUAGUUCACUGUAAGUGUUCUUUCGUCAGUGUAUGAAGCACAUGUCACGAAUAUAAAAUGACAUAAUUUCGAGCAACUUUUACAUCCAAAUGUCCCGUGACGAGGGCACUCCAGGAGUUUUCAGUAAAUGACUUCCAGAAAUCUUACGAAACUGGGAAAAGUGCUGGGCUCCAAGGAGAAUACUUUAAGGGGACUGUAUUGAUGUGCCUUCUUAUUUUUUUAAAUAUGUGUGAUUUUUGCAAUUAGUCUCAUUACUUUAAUUGUCUGACCUCGUAGCUACUUAACUGAUUUCACAUAAUUUACUGUAGCCUACAAAUAAUUUAUUAUUAUAUUUAAAGGAUUUUUUUUAAUACUGAGAACAAUUACAAAUGGAUUAUUAUUACAUAUUUUAAUAGCUAAACUUAUUGAAAAGCUGCUAUUUUAUUUUGUUAAUCAUAUGGCCGUGUAAGUGAUUUAAAAUUAUAAAUAUUCAAUGUACAAUGCUUGUGGUCAUUGGUUCAACUCUCAGCACAAUUUACGUGGACCAACACCAUUUAUAGUAACCAUCAACUAACUUAAUCCUAAUAGUACAAGAUUUUCAUUAAUUCAUUUUUUCACAAAUUAAAAUAAAUUUAAAAGGUUUGGCUAGGUUUAAUUUAAUUAAAAGUAAUUAGUCAAAUUAAUGAGUACUUUAAACUUGGUUUUAAAUUGUUGAGAUAUGGGAGUUAAAAAAAAUUUAAUAUUAAUUUUAUAGUUCUAGGUGUUGCAGUAAAAAUAUACCUGAAAGUUUUGGCCACAAAGUUAUUGAAUAUUCUCCAGAUUCUACAACUGCAUCAAAAAAUUUAUUUAUCAAUUCAAAUUUCGAAAAGUAACUUUUAUACUUGCUUACCUUUAAUGUAGUAUGUUCUAAUGAUGUAUUAUUUAUUUAUAUUUUUAGUAAUGUUCCAUUUGUUCCAAGUGAAGUAGUAAGUAAAAUUUAAUAGUUAAUUAAAUUGAAAUAUAUAAUUUAAAUGUUAGACAUUUACUCUGACAAAAUUAGCACUAAAUUUAACUAAAAUGUAUAAAAUUAUAUUGGCUGUUUGAAGAACCUUUUUUUUUCAAACAGGUACCAAAAAAUCCAGUUUUGAAUAAUAAAAAAGACCCAAACAAAUUAGUUGAGAAACGAAAACCAUAUAAUGGUAUGUAUUUUGGGUAAAUAGAAAGUGACUUACAAUAUUAAUUUACCUAAUCAAUAAUAUUUAAAUGUUUUAGUAGAUGAUAGUGAUGCAAAUGCUACCCCCAAAGGAUUACUUGUGGGUUUAUUGCCACAUCAAAUACGUACCAUACUCUGGCUUAUGCAGAAAGAGACCGAACCAACAUGUGGUGGAAUUUUAGGUAAAUAGUAGUAGUAUUCUAUUUACCUAGUACAAUAUUAUUGAUUGUUUAUUUUACUCAUAAUAUUUUAUUUUUAGUCGAUGACAUUUGUUUGGGUAUUACACUAACCAUGGUAUCAUUUAUUUUAAAAUCUCUUGAGGAACAACAAGAUAGUAUGUGCGAUGAUGAUAAAGGUAGCAUUUUUGAUAAAAUUAACAUUUUUAAAUAUAUUGCUAAUAUAAAUAAGUUAAGUAAUAAUCUUCUCCUUAGCCUUCAUCUCCACUUUUUGAAGUAAGGUACUUUAAUCUUAAGAUUCAACUUGACCUAAUUUCACACUUUGCAUUUAAUGACUGUCUUCAUAUUAUUAUACUCAAUCGCAUUGAGCCAUCUCUUUUUUGAUCUUCUCUUCCCUUUUUUCCUAUAUUUAUUUUAAUUAAAAUUCUUGCUACUUCAUUUUCUCUUUAUGGUAUGCUCAAACUUAUAUUAUAAUAAUCUGUUUAUUUACUCUUGAUUUUCUACUAUCAAAAGCUACACCUAAGUUACCUCUUAUGUACUUGUCUCUUAUCAUAUCUUCUCUUGUCACUCAUCCAUUUAUUCUUUUGUUUUUUUUGAAUAAAGCCGAAGCUUCAUCAAAAGCAUGACAAAAACAUAACAACAUUUCUCUAAUUGAAUCAUUAUAAAUAUAUUAUCUUAAAAACCGAACCGAUUAAAAUGAUACCAAAUGAAAAUAUUUAUACUAGUAGGCCUAUAAAUGCCGGUGCUUCUGAUAUGAGACAAUGCCCGGUAUCCAUCAGUCAUUGCCAUUAGAAAUUACUGAAUUAUAAAUAGAACUAUCUGCAAAACAAUGUAUUAUUAUUAUUAUAUAUACAUAAAAACUAAAAAUAGCAAUCUUAACUAUAUAAUAAAAUAAAAUAUCAUUUUUAUCAUUGCUUUUGACAUAUUAAUAUAAUUAAAUUUUUUCCCCUAAAAUUUGGGAGAGGCAUCACUGCCAUGCCUCCCUUGUACCCGUGCCCGCUACUAGAUAAUAAAUAAAACUUAUUAAAUUGUGUGUAAACUCCCCUAUUUCACAAUUAUUGUCAAUUUGCCAUUUAUUUUUUAUGACAGUAUAUUAUAGCUUGUUUGAUAUUCUAUUCCCAAAAGAUAAUAUUUUGAACAGUUUAAAUAAUAUUAUUUGUUUGUCAACAUUAUAUUUUAUUUAAUAGGUAUGAUUUUAUUAGUCUUUACAUUUGAUAUUUUUAUUUAUAUAUGUAUAUUAAAAAUGAUCAAUAUUUUGGUACAUUUUAUCUUCUACGUAAGAUACCCCCUCUAGAGUAUUACUGUUGCAAUAAUAGCAAUAAAUGGUAUUGUCUGAAUAUUUUUUUUAUUAAUAUAAUGUGACUAAUGAAUAUAAAUAUAUACACAUAUAUAUGUAUGGUUAAUACUGAUGAAUAUCAGUGAUUUUGAUCUUAUUGUAUUAUCAGUAGGUAGGUAUAUGCUGAAAUUCAAAUCCCAAAAUCUAAUUCUAAACCAAUUGAAAUCUAAUUUAAUCAAAUUUUAUUUUUAAAAGAUGAUAAUGCACAUACUUAAAUUUAAAAUUUUUGUUUCUAAUAAAAUUAUAUUUUAUAUUUUUAUAGUUAAUAAUGGUGGAACGUUGAUUAUAUGUCCAUUUUUUUUGAUGGAGCAAUGGCACAAAGAAGUGUUGACUAAUGUGAAUAGUACAUCUGUGAAAAUUUGUAAAUAUCAUCAGGGUGAAAAAAAUGUACUUGCUAACCAAUUAAAUAAAUAUGAUAUAGUGAUUACUUCAUUUAAAUGUGUCAAAUGGGAUUAUAAAAAUAACCCGAAUACAGUUAGUACAAAUUAAUAUUAAUUUUAAUAUAUUUAACUAAAACUACAGGGUUUAUUUGGUCGAAUUGAACAGUUGUUAUCACUAGUGUUAAUUUGAAUAAUUUCAGAGUCCUUUAUUCAAUAUAAAGUGGAAACGCAUCAUUUUAGAUGAAGCAAUUAAUAUUCAAAAGUAUAACACACAAGCCUGCAUUUCAAUUUGCAAACUUUCUAGUAUUUAUAGAUGGGCUAUAGUAACUGAAACCCCAAUACCUAAUGAAGAAUUUUAUUCCCUCUUAAAAUUUAUUCAGUGUAAACCUUUUGACAGUUUGCCAGUAAGUAUUAUUGUAUUUGGAUUUGUAUUUAUUUUUUUUCAGUUUUAAUUAAAAUCAAUGAUAUUAAAAAUAAAAUAAAUUUCUUUUUUAAAGUUUUGGAAGCAAUUCAUUGACAGUAGUUCUAAUGCAGAAGUUCCACCAGUUAUACUAACACAUCUAAUACAAUCUUUAAUGCAAAGAUAUACUAAAGGAGAACUUGAUCAAUUUGUACUGCCUGUUCAAACGGUUUUCAAUAUUGAAGUAGGGAUGUCUGUAAGGGAAAAAGAUGUCUAUAACCAAAUACUACAGUUCUCCAAGUUAGUUGAAUUUAUUCUAAGAGGUUUUUUUAAAUUGUUUUCUUUAAUAAAAAUGUAUAUUUUGUAUUAAAUGUCUAGGUACAAUUUAGAUGCAAUAAAAAGCUCCAAGCAAAAAUCAAAAAAACCGAAGAAAGUUCAACAUUUUCUAGGUAAAUUUUUUAUGAACAUGUAGGUUGAUUCAACAUUUACGUUCCAACCUUAAUUUACAGAUUUUAUCAUGUUAAUAUUCAAAAAAGAGAAAAAUGUAAAACACAAUUUUUCGAUUUAUUAAUAUCUAAAAUAAUUUGUGCACUUUUUUUUACUGUUUUUUGGUGGUAAAUUUUUAAAGUUAAAAUGGGAACCUAUAUUCAAAAUUCCAUAAAUUGAUGACAUUUUUGAUUUCUGUUUACGAGAUAUUUUACUUAUUAGUUAGUUAAAGUGUGUCAUACUGUUACUUAAGCAUAUAUAGUAUAUAGCAAAUAUAUGUUGUGUAUAGCAUAUGCAUAUAUAGGGGGUUCUCUGUUACUCUUACCUUUACUAAACUAAAAAGUGGAAUAUCUGGUUAACGGGUUGGUGGAAACCAAAAAUGUUUACAGCGAAAUUUAUUUAAAAACUAUGAAACUAACACCAUCUAUUUAUGCAAUUUUUAUUAUAGAUUUAAUUUGAAUUUUAAAAAUUGACCUCUUUCCAAAAAAAAAAUUCACUAAUUCAAAAAGAUUUAUAAAUUAAAAAAACUUUUGUAUAUUAGGUAUAUAUAUUUUUUAUUUCUAAUAGUUAUAUUUUGAAAUAUGUAAAUAAAUGGCUGAAACAUGCAUUUUGAAUCACUCUGUGUAAAUCUAGUUAUAAUUCUUAUAAAAUCUUUAAGGUUAGGUUAGGUUUUGAGUAUUGAUUCUCUUGUGAAUAAAGUUCUAUUUUUUUGAUUAGCUUAGAUAGAAUUGUUUCUUUAAUUUUGUCAUUUGUCUUAUUGGUUUAUUUAUGAUUCCAUGAUUUUGUUAGUGACAUUCUGCGAAUGUAAAGUGAAUUACUAAAUUUUUUUUUGGAUUCAAUUUUAGAAUUGGAACUUGAAAAAGAAAACGUUUUCCCAGAACUUGAACAAUUUUUCCAUUCCUUUAAAAACAAAGAAUUACGGAUUUGCCAUAUGUUGGUGCUACAGUUGCGUUUAAGGCAAGCCUGUUGUCACCCAUCAUUGAUCGUAGAAGUAUGUUAUGAAUAAUUAUAUAUAAAGCAAAAUGUUUUAAAACGUAUUGUUGUUUUGGGUUUUUUUACAGAAAUUGCCUAGAAAAGUUAAUAUUGGAAGAAACGCACAAGAAACAAAGGAACCAAUUAUUUUUGAAAAUACAUGGCCUAGCUCUAAAGUAAAAUAUGUGUACCAUUUUUAAUCAUAAACAUAUACUGUCAACUUUAGAUAAUUUUCUUAAACAUUUGUAUAUUAUAAAUAACAAUAAAUGUACAUGAGUUUUUUUUAUUGAUAGAUUAUAGCCAUAUGUAAUAUGAUUAAAACCACUCUUUUUGCAAACCAUGGAACGGAGAAGUUAAUUAUUGUGUCUCAAUGGUGUAGCAUGUUAAACCUCAUACACAAUUACUUGUCCAAGAAUUGUUCUCUAAAGAUGGAAUUAAUUACUCGUAUUGUUAACAUAGAAGAAAAAAACAAUAUUGUCAGAAAUUUUAACAGUUCUAGCGGACCAAGGGUAAUUAAAUAACAAUAUAAAUAUAUGAGCAAAUUAUUACACAUUUUCGAGGCACACAAUGUAUACUUUAGUUACUUGAAACUGAAUUUUUAAUUAUUUCCAUAAUUUUACAAUAAUAAAAAAAAAGUUGGUAGUAUAACUAUUGACUAGGGUAGUUAUUUAAAAUAAGAUACUUUUUUUUUUAUUAUUGGUUUGAUAAAAAAAUUGUUUUUAUACUAUCAUAAUAUUUUAACCUAACAAUUCUAUACUUAUUUUAAUUUGAAUUUUUUAGACAUGUCAUUUCAGCAUUUUUUUCAUUUUUAAGGCAUAAUUUAAUUUUUUUUUUCUAUGUACUAAAGUGAUAUUUGUUCAACAAUAUGUUUAAGAUUUUUAAGUAUAAACUGUAUCAUCAAAACUAGGAAUCAUUUUUCUCUUUCACUUUAAAGAGGACAAUAAAUAUUGCAGUAAUGCUCCUUAAUUAAAUAUCAGAAUAUUUUGGGACUAUUGCAUAUAUCUUAAUUGAUUUUUUCAAUGCUAAUAAUAAUAUUUUAUGUCCAACUUAUAAUUUCAUUAAUAAAUAAGUCAGGAUUUUAGAUAUCAUUAAUUUGGGCAAAUUAACCAACAUUUACCCAAGUAAUGCAUAUAUUAUUAAAAUGAGAAAUUAUUAUUUUACGUUGAAAACUUCCUGCAUGGCUCUUUUUCGUAAGAUUUAUUUUUUUUUUUAAUAUUUUACAAAUAAAACUUGUAAACCUAAAGUUUUGACAUAACGAAUUUUAAAAAAAAUCGAUUGGCCAUUUGUUUCUGAAACAACUCCGUGUACUAUUAUGUUAACUUUGUAUAUAUCGCAAUCGUUCAAUUUUUGUAAUACCCUUAACCUUAAUUUAACUGUUAAUUUCUGAUUUCAUCCUGUUGUUUCAUCAUUGUCUUCACUAUUUGUGUCCCUUUGAAAUUCUUAUGAAAUAACUGAAAAUUCAGCAGCACUACAUAUUAAUUUUUUGAAAAUAUUUUUCAGGUUUUGUUCACGACGCUCAAGUAUAUUACAGAAUGUGACCAAACUAUUUUGAUAGCCGAUCAUAUAUUUUUUACGGAAGCACAUUGGAAUCCCCAGUGGCAAUCUAAAAUUUGCUAUCGCAUUCGUAGAGUGGGCCAGACAAAACCCAUAAACAUAUAUAAUUUUGUAUGCUCAAACACACUAGAGUCAAAAAUCUUGGAAAUCCACGAAGAAAGACGUAAGAUCGCCCAAAAAUUAUAUGUUACCGGCAAUUAUUCUCAAGAGAAUAUCGUACACCUUUUGUCUGGUUGACAUUUUUAUAUGUUUUAUUUAUCAUAUGUUAUUCAGAUUUUUAUAACCUACAUUUUGUUUAUUUUGUUAUUACUUUUUCAAUCUAUAAAAUGUUUUUAAUAUUAUUGCUAUAUUUAUGUUAUCUGUUAAUUAAAUUAUGAAAAUUUAUUAUAUUAUUUAUAUUAUACAGCCAAUAUGAUAUUAUAUUUUGAAUUAUUUAUGCAUUAAGUUUUUGUUACAUUAUUUAUUACUAAGUAUGUUAUUUAUGUAAACUCUUUGUUAAAUUAUAUAAAAAAAUAUAAAUUAGAUUUUUUUUAUUUUAAACUAUUGUUGUGUUUAGUUGUAAGAUAUUGUGUUUUUUGUGCCUAUUUGGCCGUGUAUUAUUUUCUGCCCUACAUGGCGACAUUAACACUAGAUACCGCAUACUGUGAUGUUUAUAUUUUUAUUAGUAAACCGUGAUUUAUGUAAAUAGUUCUGUAC